GCGUUCUUAAGGGAGAAAUACUCGCUCCCCCCUGGAAGUAAACAUUUGUUCAAAGUAUUUGAAUUCAGAGUAGACGCCAUGUUUGACGUGUUUGGGUCCGUCAAGGAUCUGAUCAAAUUAGAUUCGAUAUGUAUCGACAAUAAUGUCUUCCGUCUUCAUUACAAGGGUACCUUUGUCAUCUUGGUGGUCUGCUCUCUCCUCGUUACAUCGAGGCAAUACAUCGGUGACCCCAUUGAUUGCAUCGUGGAAGAGAUCCCCAACAAUGUCAUGGACACUUAUUGCUGGAUUCAUUCAACCUUCUCCGUUCCGGGAGAAAAUCCUGGCCUACUGGGAUACGAUGUGGCUCACCAAGGUGUGGCGCCACUUUCUGACCUAAAAGAAGGAGAGACUGUUCGAUAUCACAAAUACUACCAAUGGGUGUGCUUCACCCUUUUCUUCCAAGCGAUCCUGUUCUACAUCCCCAGAUACUUAUGGAAAACUUGGGAAGGGGGAAAAGUAAAGAUGUUGGUCCAAGAGAUGAACGUGCCCCUCGUGGACCCAGACACCAAGAAGGACAGAAUCAAGUUGCUGGUGGAUUACUUUAGCCAUAAUCGCAACAACCACGAGUUCUACGCUAUUCGCUUCUUCUUUUGCGAAUUGCUGAACUUUGUGAAUAUCUUCGGACAAAUCUAUUUCAUGGAUUUCUUCUUGGGAGGAGAAUUCACCAAGUAUGGCACGGAUGUUUUGGCCAUGACCGAGCUUGAGCCAGAACAAAGGACUGAUCCUAUGGCGCGCGUGUUCCCAAAGGUGACGAAAUGUACUUUCCAUAAGUUUGGUCCCUCAGGAACCGUUGAGAAAUUUGACGGACUCUGCGUUCUGCCCUUGAAUAUCAUCAAUGAGAAGAUCUAUGUGUUCUUAUGGUUUUGGUUCAUCAUCGUGACCAUCAUCACUGGCAUUCACCUCGUGUAUCGACUGAUUGUACUCUUCUCACCGCAAGUUCGGGAAAUGAUUCUGCGGGCUCGAGCCCGUCUCGCGCCCGCCAGAGAAGUCGAUUCCAUUUGCAAGCAAGUCAAUAUACAAACGAAUCUGAGCCAUCAGCUUUUUCAAGUGUUGAUUUAAUGAUCUUGUAAGGAACCAUGAAUCUGUACCAUUAUAAAAAUGAUUUACCAUAUUAUAUCAAUCAAAUACAGAGGAUCAAACUUUG